CCGCGGGCCAGCGAGUCCGCGACGGGCGCCCGCGACGGGCGCACGCCUAACUUAGCGCUACCAGUAUAAUUUUGGUUCACAGUGUGUACAGACGUAUCCGCUAGAUAAUGGUUUUUUUAAUAAUUUAUUAUAUGGCGAAAAAACGUCGGCAGAAACAGAAACGUCGACAGAUCUCCGUGUUCCUGAAAAAUAGAAAUAAAAGAAGCAAACAUGAAGGGGUCACAAUUGCAUUAGCUUUCCUGCUGGCAGGCAUCAGUGCCGUGCCCAGUGACAAAGGUCUAGGCCUCGAACCCGUCAUCAGAUCUGGAAACGAGAGGCUGGUCACUGGCAACAUCGUGAGCGCCAUCGAAGACUUCGCUCAGUCCAUCCGCGAUGCUGGCUUGGACCCGCUUUACAUUGUGCGGGAAUCCCGCGACUAUGCCCUGCCUGUGCCUUCCAUUUUCAACCUAAAGUCCUCGCUGCUGAACUUCCACUUCAGGGGUCUCAGCAACAUCGUGAUCAACAGGAUGAACUAUGCCUUGGUGACCUCUAGGCUGACCUUCAAUAUUGAACUGCCCGAAAUUGAUACUUGGAUUGGUAUGGCUGAGUGGGAUGUGAAACUCUUUGACAGACGAAUCCACGGCAGCAUCAGUGGAGGACUCACUGUGAAGAACAUCGUGAUCUCCGGUGACGUCCGUGUCAAUGUGGGAAUCAUCAGCGGCAUCAGCAUCAGGAGCAUGGACAUUCAAUUAAGCUUGGGAGGCAUUGCUUCCCAUUUGAACGUGGUGUUGCAAGGCAAUAAUGUUUCUCGUAAUAUCAACAACUAUUUGGGGAACACUAUUCCUGGGACUCUUAAAGCUUAUGAGAGAGACAUCAAUCAGCUGAUAACUAUCAUCGCCAGGGAAGUCGUCGAGCAAAAUUUGUAAAAAAAUACGUUAACCAAGUAAUAUUUUAAGUGCGGUUGUAUUUUAUAACGGUAAAAGUUAAUUUAUUAACUCUAAUAUAUUAUUUAUUAAUUUAUUUAUGUUUUGUUUUUAUUAAUGUACUUACUUACUUACUCUGUUGGCUCAGUGCCCCAAAAUGAGACUCGGCCUCUUGUCUCUUUUUUUUCAGUACGUUUAUAUAGACUAAAUAAGUAGUAGACCUUUAUACUAUACUCGUAAUUACAGCAACACAAAAUUGUUUUGACAUCAAAUGUUUUCUUUUUGUAACUUUUCAGUAAUUUUUACCUACCCAUGUUUUGUUUUUCAAAAUAUAACUGUUAGAGCUAAGUAAGUUUUGAUUUUAUAAAAAACGCAUAAAUUGUUACGCAACCAAAAGUAGGUACACAACUUUAUCAUAGAAAUACCUAAAAAAUAUUUAUCAUCUUAUCGAUUUUUUUCUUAUAAAGUAGUGUUAUUAAAUGUAUAACGUUAACAAGAAGAAAAUCUCUUUUAUAUAGGGGGAACUAGCGCCCCGCCCCGGCUUCACAGGGGUAUGUAAUACAUAUAAAUGUUCCUCUUAAAUGACUAGAUCUAUUUGAAAAUAAACGCAUCAAAAUCCGUUGCGUAGUUUUAAAGAUGAAAACAUAUAUAGGUCGGAAGUGAUUUUGUUUUGUACUAUGUAGCGGUUCCAAAUAUGUCCUUACUCUUAAAUAAAAUGUAUAUAUAAAAUGA